GCGAGGAACGCAACCGCAACGCCGCACCGCUAGCCACUAGCUCGCCUCGCUCUCAAGCUUAAGCACGAGAGGAUCAGCCAAGCCUCCCUCCCUCCCUCCCGCGUCUCUCUCUCUCUCGCGCGCGCUCCGCCAUGGAGGAGGCCCAGUUUGUGGAGUCGAAGGAUGGAACCAUCUCAGUUGCUUCUGCAUUUGCUGGACAUCAUGAAGCUGUACAAGAUAGGGACCACAAAUUCUUGACUAAAGCGGUUGAAGAAGCGUACCGGGGAGUUGAGUGCGGUGAUGGAGGCCCCUUUGGAGCAGUCGUUGUCCGUAACGAUGAAGUAGUAGUCAGCUGCCAUAACAUGGUUCUGAAGCAUACUGAUCCAACUGCACAUGCUGAAGUGACUGCAAUAAGAGAGGCUUGCAAAAAGCUUGGGAAAAUUGAGCUCGCAGAUUGUGAAAUCUACGCGUCUUGUGAGCCAUGCCCAAUGUGCUUUGGUGCGGUUCAUCUCUCCCGGAUCAAGAGGCUGGUGUACGGAGCCAAGGCAGAAGCUGCCAUUGCCAUUGGAUUUGAUGACUUCAUCGCAGACGCUCUGAGAGGCACUGGGUACUACCAGAAGGCCAACAUGGAGAUCAUCAAGGCUGACGGCAACGGAGCCCUGAUCGCAGAGCAAGUCUUUGAGAAGACCAAGGAGAAGUUUCAGAUGUACUAAUGUGCAGGAAAUAGUUUCAGAUAUGCCAAAGUCCCUCUGAUGAUCUAGGGAGGAAGGAAACAAUAAUGUUCAGCUUUUCCAUUAUUUCUGAAAUUGCCAAUUCAAAUGUAUUUUCAUCAUGAUAACAUCUCAAUUGCCUACAUGUUAAUAUCAUUCAAUGAUUUACUACGGACCAACGGAGCA